AUGGUGAAAACUCGUGGAACUUCCUCUAAGAAGACCCCUACUUCUCAAUCCAGAAAAGUGCCCUAUCCAUCGCCUCCUCCAUCUGUGUCAAUGGCGCCUCCAUCUGUUACAGCACUAGCCACAUCUGUUGGGAAAACUUCCAAAUCCAAGGUGCGCAAGAAGGUGUUCUCCCUCUGUACUGAACACCCCAUGGUGUUUCCAAAUAUCACAGUUGAUAUUGUCAACGUUGCACCACCAUCUGAAAUGGUUGUGCCCUCUCGAGCCAAUAACCUAUCUCCUCUUCCGAUUGAAUCGUCUCUGACGGCUAGGGCAAAAUCAAAAUCUGUUUCAUCCUCUUCCAAAGCUGCUACUGCUAGGUUACUCAAGCUGCCCAUGAAGCCAAGCCAAUCUAAGAAAAAUUAUGUUGCUCCAAAAAGAAAAUUAGGGUUGGACUCAUCUUCUUCCCCCUUGACUGCUGCUAAGAAAAAAUUGAAGGCUCAUCUCCGUCUUCCUCCGAAUCUGACCCCGAGGAAGCAAAAUCUGAAUCCAGUUGCAACUCCUUUGUCAUCCAAGGCUAAAGGCAAGAGACCUAUUUUUGAUUCUACACCAUCUCCAAAACUUUCAGGUGUUAAUUUCAAACCUUAUUCUUCAACUCUUUGUUAUAAUGACAAUGCUCGUUCUUUGGUUAAAUUUACUGGCUUUGUGGAUAGAAUAGUCAAGGAAUUCUAUACCAAUCUUACUGAUGAAAUUAUUGAACCUAAAUCUCCUCUGUAUUGUAAAGUGUUUGUUAGGGGCCAUUGGUUCUCUUUUUCUCCACAAGAUAUUGCCCAUGCUUUGCAUCUUCCUCUUGUUGUCGAGGAUGAUGAUGAUCUUACCUCUCUUGACAAGGAUGCGGUUAUCACUGAAUUAGUAGGGCAAAAAAUGGUAUGGCCAUAUAAUACAAUCAUCUCGGUCACUAAUCUCACCUACACUUAUGCUGUUCUCCAUAAGUUUGCCACAAUGAAUUGGAAACCAACUUCUCACACCGCAACUAUCUCAUUUGACAUGGCCUCUUUUUUGUACAAAGUGGGGACCGGAAUUGGUAUAAACUUGGCUAUGUUUAUCUAUGAUCAAAUCAUUGGAUUUCGAAAAGGUAAUAGGAGAAACUUGAAUCUUCCUUUCCCUCAAGUUAUUUAUAAAGCUCUGAGUAUGCAGAAAAAAAAUCUCCAGCGUGAUCAAGAAGACUUGGUGGCUUUCACUACUACUGCUUCCUACAAGGCCUCUGCUACAACUACUGAAGCCAUUGAUGCUCCAUCAACCAAGAAAUUCAAGCCCCAAUCUUUGAAGUUUGCCUCGAAUGACAUUCCUCAUGCAUCCUCCUCUACUCCCACAGAUUCAGGACUUGUUGCUACAGAACUAGCUGCUGUUCGAGCCUCUGUUGAUUCUUUGGCUGCUCGAGUGAUGUCAAUUGAAGGACUGCAACGUUCUGUGUUGGAUGCUAUUCAAACUUUUUUCCAAGGAUCCUAUUAUUCAAUAUAUGUUAAUUGA